AUGUUUGGCGACAUACCACCCACGCCCCUCAGCCAGGGCUCUCUGAGCACGCUGCUGCCGCCAUCGUGGAAGGACCAGGUGACCGUAUGGCUGGCCGAAGACACUCCGUCGUUUGACUAUGGCGGCUUCGUCGUCGGCGACGUGCCGCGAACGGCCACUUUAUGGGCCAAGAGCCCGGGCAUCGUGGCCGGCGUGCCCUUUGCGGACGAGAUCUUUGCGCGAUGCGGCUGCACCAUCGAGUGGCACGUGGCCGAGGGCGACGCUGUAGGUGCAGCAGACGCACCCAAGACGCGGUGCGCCACGGUGUCGGGGCCUGCUCGCGGAAUUCUGCUGGCCGAGCGUGUGGCGCUCAACGUUCUGGCACGCUGCUCGGGCGUGGCCACGCGCACAGAUUCAGUGUUGACGCGGCUGCGGAAGGCCGGAUUCUGCGGACGGCUGGCGGGCACGCGCAAGACUACCCCCGGCUUUCGGCUCGUUGAAAAGUACGGCAUGCUGGUGGGCGGUGCCGAUGGCCAUCGCAUGGACCUGAGCGCCAUGGUCAUGCUCAAGGACAACCACGUGUGGAGCCGUGGCAGCAUCACCGAGGCCGUGGUGGCCGCCAAGAGUGUCGCUGGCUUUUCCCUCAAGGUCGAGGUCGAGGUGCAGUCCGAGGCCGAGGCUCAAGAAGCCCUGCUGGCUGGUGCAGAUAUCGUUAUGCUGGAUAACUUCGAAUCAGCUGGUGCAGAGGCAGCCGCGGCUAGUCUGCGUCAGCGCUGGGCCGGGCAACCACACAGCUUCCUUAUUGAGGUGUCCGGAGGCCUGACGGCUGAGAAUAUCGAGACAUAUGCAGCAGAUCAUAUCGACAUUCUGUCUACCAGCUACAUCCAUCAGGGUGUACCUCAUGUAGACCUAUCACUCAAGAUCAAUCAGUGA